AUGGUCUGGUUCAACCAAGCAGCACUCCUCCUCGGCAGCGCGCUGCUCGUGGCCGACGUGCUCCCAGCCGGGGCCGUCCGGACCAUUAUCCCCAAGACGAGCUUCGACUCGCAGUCCAACUUCGACGCCGACUGGAACUACCUCUACCCCUGGGGCACCGACCACAACGGCGGCGCUCGCAUGAGCAAGGACAACGCCAAGUUCAGCGGCGGCGUGCUCACACUGACGGCCAACAAGGUCAGCGGGCAGCCGCAGGCGACGCACGGCGGACAGAAGAUCAACAUCAACUACCUCAGCGGCGCGAUCCACGCCAAGGAGCACUUCAACGUGUCGCGCGGCGGCGGGUACGACUUCAACGCGGAGCUGAAGGCGACGACGACCAAGGGCACGUGGCCCGCCUUCUGGCUUACCGCUGUGCAGGGCUGGCCUCCUGAGAUUGACAUGGCGGAGUGGAAGGGCAGCGGCAAGAUUAGCUUCAACACCUUCAACACGAGCUCGAUUGUGGACGCGAAGGAUGUCAACUAUCCCGACCCGGGCAACUUCCACAAGAUCAAGGUUGAGACGAGGGAUCUCAACGGCAAGGACGUGCAGGCCAAGUUCUACAUGGAUGACAAGCUUGUCACGACGCAGGUUGGGGCUGGAUACUUCGGAAAGCCGAUGUACUUGAUCAUCAACUUGCAGAUGGAAGGUUCUUCUGGAUUUCCCGGACCUAGCGGAAGCACUCAAUUCCAGGUUCGCAACCUCGAGGUUCUUAGCUACAACCCAUGA